UCCAUGUAGGAUAAUAAUACUAUUUGCCUCUCCUUUACAAAUCUAGUUUGGUAGAAGCAGCGCAAUUUUCUGCGUGAUUAUCUGAUUAAACUUGUAAUAGUUUCCCAAAUCGAAUCUGCCAGAUUUCAACCGCAUUGUCGGAAGAAGCGCGGAGCAAAACUUGGAAACAAGAAAAUUAACUUAGUGGCAACUGAUGUUGGAAUCAACUUGUUGAAAACCACAAAUUAAGAGAGGCUUGUCUCUAAAAAAAGGUUUCUUAGGGAACCCUUUUGGGGUUCUCUCUCUCUCUGCUGUAUAAAAGGCACCGUUUUGAUCUCUAAAAGCUUCUACCGAGAUGAAGGCAGGAUAUAUUAGCAGGGGGAGACGCUAUACAUUCACUUUGAUUGUUUUUAUAUUCACCAUCAUUUUGCUUUGGUUAUGUAAUAAAAAUCCAAUGAUCAACUCUUCUCUACCGGUCCAAGAUGAGUUCAUUAUUUUUUCAUCAGAUGUUAUGAUUGAUGAUGAUCCUAUAGAAUCAAUUGAGUUGGAAGAGCAAGACACUGAAGUUCAUUCACAACUGGUAGAGUCAGGAUCAUGGGACAAUAAACCAGAUCAAUUCUAUAAGAUGGGUCAAGCAGGUGUUACUGAGACAUUAUUAUCUGCCAAGAAUGAGUUCAUGCAUUUGAAUAAUAAAGUUUGCAACUAUGGAAAAGGAAGAUGGGUUGCUGACAACAGGCGACCAUUGUAUUCUGGAUUCGGAUGUAAACAAUGGUUAUCAGAAGCGUGGUCUUGCAGAUUGACUCAACGUUCAGAUUUUUCUUAUGAGGGAUAUCGUUGGCAGCCUGAAAACUGCUAUCUGCCAGAAUUUGAAGGGUCUGAUUUCCUCAAAAGAAUGCAGGAUAAAACACUAGCAUUUGUAGGAGAUUCCUUGGGAAGGCAACAAUUUCAAUCUCUGAUGUGUAUGAUAACAGGUGGGGAAGAAAGACAAGACAUAGAAGAUGUUGGAUAUAAAUAUGAUUUUGUUGGAUCCCUUCGACCCGAAGGCUGGGCAUAUCGCUUUCCCGAAACCAACACGACCAUAUUAUAUUACUGGUCCUCCACUCUCUGUGGCAUAGAACCCAUAAACACACCUGACCCUUCAACCAAAUUCGCCAUGCAUCUCGACCGUCCUCCAGCAUUUAUAACCCGAUUCAUAUCCCAGAUCGAUGUUUUAGUCCUUAACACAGGACACCAUUGGAAUAGAGGGAAGCUUAAUGCCAACAAGUGGAUAAUGUAUGUAAAUGGAAAGCCAGUAAAAAAUAGGAAACUUGCUGAAAUGGGAAAUGCCAAAAAUUUGACUAUUUACAGUAUUAUCAGAUGGGUUGAUUCGCAAUUAGAUAUUUACCCGGGUCUUAAAGUUUUCUUUAGGACGAUUUCGCCGAGGCAUUUUUUUAACGGUGAAUGGAACACGGGUGGCAGUUGCGAUAAGACAACUCCUAUGGAAGGUGGGAGCGAGGUUAAGCAAGAUGAAUCGAGCGAUUUGGUUGUUGGAGGAGCGGUUAAGGGAAUGAAGGUUAAGAUUUUAGAUAUAACUGCUUUGUCUCAACUUAGGGAUGAAGGUCAUAUGUCGCGUUUUAGCAUCAAUUCUGCAAUUGGUGUACAUGAUUGUUUACAUUGGUGCUUACCCGGUAUUCCUGAUACAUGGAAUGAAAUCCUUUGUGCACAAGUAUAGAGAAGCAGAAAACAUAUUUGACUUUAUGAAACUAGUAACUUUAUUGUAUACAAUUGAAGAAUCAAAGCAGAAUGAAUGAGGAAUGAGGAAUUUUGAACAGAGUGUUGCCUGAUAGAUGUUCUGUUUUAUUGCUUUAUAAGAUUUUGCAAUUUUCUCUUUGAUAUGUAAUUAACAACAUGUUUAUACAGAAUGUAACCCUAUUUGGAUUUCGAGGAGGAGAAGAGAAUGAAGUAUCCAUAUCUAUAUA